UGUCUUGUGAUGCAGCUAGAAAAAGCACACGGAAGCAUACUUACGGAGGACAGCUUGAAUGUAAAGGGAUGGAAGUGAAGAGUAUUCUGAGGAGGACACAGUCCCUGAGGAGUGUUCACACCGAGAGGACACUGUCAGUGACUGAGGUGGGACUCCGGGACAGAAAGAAGUCUGUCUCUGAGCUGGUGGCAGAAUAUCGGUUCACUUCUAAAGGAAAGGCACCUAUAUCAGAACAUGAAAAACAAGAGAACACUCCAGCAUUUGUGCCUCCUGUGCUUGCCCCUGCUCCUGUCCCUGAGCCAACGGUGGACCCCGAAGUGGAGUCCCCUGUUGCCAAGGUGCGGAACAGCAUUGUGAGGGAGCGCUCCAGGUCCCUGAGUGAGAGGCAGCCACAGCCUCUCUCCCGUGCCAAGUCCAUGGAGAGCCUGCCUCGUGGCACGGGGGCACCGGGGGGCACCAGUGCGCUCAAGGCCCUCUUUGAAUCUAAGGUCAUGACCCCGAGAGAGCUGAAGCACGGGGGCAAGUCCCCCCUCAACAGCCUGCGGGUGAGCAGGGACGCACAGGUUAAGGCUGAGGCUGAGGAAGUGGUUGAGAAAGUAAAUGAAGUGAAGAAGAACAAUUCCCAUGAUCCCCCUCCACUCAUGAGUCAGGCAGAGGAGGCAACCCCAAAGGUUGUGAGAAGGAGCCGUCCAGAAAGACGCCAGACUGUGUCUGGCGUAUACCUUGACAGGACUUCACAAACAUCAGAUGAUAAAGAGAAGAGGAGAUCUCUUGCCGACUUUGGAUGGGAGAAAUCAUCCAUUUCUGUCAAAGCCAUAUCUGCACUCUUUCAGUCAAAAGCGGCAGCUGUGGAAACCUCAGGAAAUCAAGGAAUGGAUUCAUUCAGCCCAUCUGGAAAGAGACCUAAAGGAAUUAAGAUGACAGAAGAUUCCCAAGCUUCUAAAAGUGACCUUUCAGAGACACACCUGACAGACGAUCCUUUACAGUUUGCUGCCAAAAGACCUCAGGCUCACAGUGCAAACAUGACCCAAAACCCUAUGCGCCCAUGCCUCUCACCCACCCCUCCUUCCAAAGAGGCAUUUUCCGCAUUAUACCAGCAGCGUCAGAAAUGCGAGCUCAAGCGUCUCCUCAAGCACACUUGCCCUGAGCUAAAGAGCUUGGAUGGGGUGGUGGACGAGGAGCUUGCUGAUGUCUUGAGGUCUGAGAGCACAGCUGAGGACACUGGAUACCAGGGAGAGGUUCUGUCAAGGCGCUGGAUAUUUGAGAACUGUGCUUUCGAGAAUGUAGGGGACCCCAAUGACUCAAAAACACACUUAGAGGGAGAGGGGUGGGUCACCUGGGAAGAGCAGAAAAGGGCCCCCCCUAGAGUUGUGCAAUCUAUGGCAAGACCUAUGAGUUCUGGAACAACCUUGUCCCCAGUGGAAUGUCCUCUGAACCAAUCACAGUCACAUCCUCUGUUGGCCUCAGAAAUAAUUUCAAGAGAUCAAACAGAUAGCAAUGUUGAGGAAGAAAAAAUGGCUGAUGUUCGCUCCACACGAAUGAUGUUUGAGUCUCAGAAAAUCCCCAAACACAUGGAUAGCCUUGAGAAUGCCUCAACAAUGAAAGUAGUUGUCUCACAAGAUGAAAAAGGAGCAGUUAAAAAACAAAUGAAAGUUUUUACCUCAAACAAUCAAAAGGAUUUUAAUAAGACAAAAACAGUAAUGGAAAAACAAAUUACUGACCACGUUGCUGACAGUUCUGCAGAUGCACAGCAAGAUGGUACUGAUGUGUACAUGGGCAUCUCAAAAGUUAAAGAUGUCUUUGAGAGAAAAUCAUCUGGUCAAACAGUCUCCCGUGUUAUGGGCAAAGAAAACACUGGAUUUGUUUUUGGAAAAUACUUAGAAAACACAUAUCUCAAAGAGGGAGGGAAAAGACAAAGUGGAGACAUCUCUUUGCAGAAUAGCUUGGCCACUCUGGAGAAUAUCAGUGCUCAAGAGGAAAUACAAAAGGCAAAUGUAAAGGACAGGGCCCACCUAUUUGAAUCCACACCAUUUCACAAAAUUAACUGUCGAGAUGGAGUAGAUAUAACAGAUGUGAGUAUGAAUGAAAGGCUAAAAUCUCUUUACAACUUUAGUGUCAUUCAUUCGAAUGGCAUCAUAGUUGAAUCUUUUGAGCCUGGCACUGCUAAAAAAGCCACAUACAACUUUACCACUGGGCACUGUCCACAAAUUCAGACAGAGGAGAUCAUUACUGGUAACAUAAAGAAUAUUCUACUUCAGAUUUUACCCAGGGCAAACCUCACGGCAUGUGUAAACUUUAUCAAGGAAGACGAACAGGGAAAUGUGGAGAUUAAGAAUAUAGAUGUGCCCAUCCACCAGCUCCCAUUUACAGCACACCAAGACAGAGAAUACAGAACAGUCAAUUUGGUUCAAGUUAUUGAGGAUCUUCUCAACAUAGAUAACUCAUUGAAAAAGGGCGUUAUUAUCCAAGAGGCUUCCCACGAAGGCACUCAAGUCUCUGUUUACUCACUCUUCAGUCAUGAGGAACUAGAAAUUAAGGGAUUUUUUCCACUGCAGGAAACCACAGAGGAACAAAUGGAGAUAAGCAGCCUUGAGGAGGCUGAUGAAGAAGUUAAAGGAGAUGUUAAAGGAACCAUUAAAAGCCUCCUGGCAAAUGCCCAGGACAAAAUGGGACCUGGCCCACGCAAAGUUGAGGAAAGUGAGCGUGGGAACGUGGAACUGUUCAGAAAGUGCAUUGAGAAAGGAGAUUUGGAAUACCUUAAGAGCCUCCAGAAAACACCAUCUGAAGAGGAACUGAACUCCGCUGAGGAAGCAAAGAGUCCCAUAAUGGAGGACAAUGCCACAGAGAGCAUUUCAGGCAAUGUGAAGAACAUCAAAAAUAUUUUCUCCUGUCAAGGUGAUGUGCCCAACCCAAAGACCAGGACAUUCCACAAAGGAAACAAUUCAGUAUCAAACACUACAAUAACAUCUCCACCAGAUGAAACCACAAACAAGAAAACUACAGAUGAAGACAGUUACUCAAUGCAAUGUGUGAAAAUACCUGAUGUUUCUUUGCAGGACUCAUCAGUUAUCAAAGCAAGUAGACCUACUACACAAGAUGAAAUCCAGGAUGAAGGUAAAAUCCUGCAAGCAGAGUUGAUGGUGGAGGCAGUAGAGGAUGACCUUAGCAAUCUUCAGGCAGCCAUUUUAAGUCUUCAACAAGCCACAAUGGAGGCAAAAACACUUCAGCAUAGCAUUCAAGAGAAACAAGAGGCAAGAGUAAAACAAGAAAAGACUCACAUCACAGACAGGGACAGUUUCAUUGACCAGGAAGGUAUCUUGCCUUCUGAGUCACAGCAGUUAGACAACAGCAUUCCAGUUAGCCAAACUAGCAUCCCAGUUCAAGACAAACAUACAUCUUCAUCAGAUUCUGAAAUGGUGGGUAUCACUGUAGAGAAGAAAGGGAUGCCACAGGAAUCAAAGUCUUUGGAACACCAAACUGAAGGUCAAUGGGAGACGUGUGAGACUACAGAGGACAGUAAUGUGAUGGUGAUUAAGAAAGGCCAUCUUCAGGAAACUAUCAGUUUCUUACAGAGCAGUGCAAGUGAGCUCCCACAUGAGGAGGAAAAAGAGGAAAUCGUAAAAGGCAACAUCAAGGCAGCACUCAAGUCCUUGGGCCAGUCCAGUUUAAAUGUUACCCAAGGUGAUUUCAGAGCUGCAAUGAUUUACAAGAAAGCUGGAAAGUCAUAUGAGCAAAGAAAAAAGACAGUGAACACAGAGAGUGCAGUUAAAAAAAGUGAUGAGUUAGUGACCUCAUCUGAUGACAGCAACGCAAUUCCCACUGCGUCAGCCCCAGUCGAUGAACAGGUGGCUAUCAUCGCAUCUAAUGAAGCUUCUGCAGCAGUCGCCCAUUCAACUCAGUGUAAAAUGGAACCACCUGAGUGCAUAAACGACAAAGGACAAAAUACUGCUACUUCAAAAAAGUCCAAGCGAAAGGGUAAGAAGAAUCCAGGCCCAAAGCCGGCAAUUCCUCCUAAGCCGGAUCACCUGAAAGCAAAACCCGCUGCUGAUAAAGAAAGCAUGUUAUUGUCGUCACAAAGUAUUGGACAGCAUGAGGAAAGAAAAGAAGUGCCAGAAACUCUUAAAGAACUUGAAACUGAGAAAAAGCUCCUACCUCAGUCAGGACCACCUCAGUCACCUCAGUCAGGACCACCUCAGUCAGGACCAAUGUCUUACAAAGACGCCCUUUGCAAGGGUAUGAUGAAAUGCCCAGAUGGCAGGGAUACUGCACACCAUGAAAGCACAGGAACACCACAGACCCUUCCAUGUGACACUACUGAAAUAAAGACAUCUGACAGUUUGGAGAGGGAUGAAGUUGUAAAACAGGCAGACCUUGAGAAAAGAAAAGAAGUUAAUGUCAUCAGCAAUAACCCAGAGGAAGAGACUGUUUCCCAACAAGAAACACAGACAGCCAAUAGUUCUCAUAAGGGAUUACAGGGUUCUUCUGCUGCUUCACAAGUCAUCAAUGAGUUUGUGUCAGGAUUUCAAGCAGAGCUGCACACAUUUGGUCCAUCUGAUCAAAAUGUGAACAAAACCAAACCUGUCAAGCCAAAACGGAUGAAAAUGGCCAAAGACAACAUUGUUGAUCCAACACAGUUGUCUACACCACAGCAAUGCAACAGCACUAUUUCAGCAUGCUGUGUUGAAUCUUAUCCAGCUACAAAUGAUGGACAGAAAUCUGAAGAAUGUAAAGUAGUAAUGAGGGAAAAGAAAGUGAAGAAAGAAAGUGAGGAAGAAAGAAUUCAGAGGCUGUCAGUUCACAGGGAUGAGAUCAUGCGAGGGAAUGUGACGACAGCAAUGGAGAUUUUCGAUAACCUGCGCAAACAAGAGGAGCUAAAAAUCCUCCUAUCGAAGGUUGAAGAGAUUGAGGAAGACACUAAUCAAGUUGAUGUGAAGGCAAUGAGGAGAAUCUUUGAGAAUGUUCCGGACUGGGUUAGAAUAACACCGAAGAAACUAAAACCAAAACAGGCAAAGACUGCGGCAAAAUGUAAAUCUCCAACUAAAGGACCAGAGAUUUCUUCCAUGGAGCUGGCAUUUGGUGACCUUGAGAAAGCAAGCGCUGAGAUUUUGAAUUUGAAAGAGCAAACCCUGGCGAAACUUAUGGAUAUAGAAGAAGCUAUAAGAAAAGCUCUCCUCUCAGUAUCCACGUUGAAGUCAGAGUCAGACAUUGCUGGGCUGUCUGGCUUGUUCAAGGAAUCUAUGGUGUCGGCCCCGGUCUCUCAGUCCUGCAGCAACAUCCGUACAAUCAGCAUUGGCUCCAGUAAAUCCCAAAAGGCCCUCAGGCAAAAGAAGCAAGCAGCUCACGUGAACCAAAUCUCCAGCUCUCCUGGCACGACUGAGGUGAGACAGACACCAAAACUUGAGAUCCCAGCCGCCAAACACAGAGCUGGUUCGCCAUCCUCUCCCUUUUUAUCUCAAUACAGUCCGGUGUGAGGAGGGAGUCUGACCCUUCUAGUCCCACUCAGUCGCCAACAAAUAGUCCGCAACAGCAUAGUGCAAAAUCAGAGAGAUUCCAGUCUACAAAGGAUCUGGUCGUCAAUAGUGGCAGAGCAGAAGAGAGCAUCAUGGGUAAAAAGAAUGAAUGCCCAUACAUUACUAAGUCUCUUAGUCUCAUGGACAACCCUUUUAAUCUACAUCAAGUCAAUGUGCUCGGGUACAAACAUUGCCCAAGGGAGAAAGAGUCACUGGGAAGAAAACAAUUAAAGAAGAUUACGAGAAAACAGACUUCUUCGGAAACAAAUAUUGCUCCGCAAAGACCUCCACAGUGGUGACCACUAAGCCAGAGAGUAACACGACAUCCAGCUGCCAGACAGUUACCAGCUUGGCAAGAUCAGAGGUUGUGAAAUACCCCAAAGUAAACUUACCAACCUUCAGAGAGGAUAGGCCUCCAUUGUAAAAAGCUCCAUUGUAAAGCUGUUAUUACAUUAUUACUGAGAUUUUAAGGGAGGAACACUCACAAGACAGUGGAGUUUUGUUACAGUACGCUGUCUCCAGACUUAUACAAACACUCUAGUGUAAUGAUUGCAUUUGUUCAGUAUGUCUUUUUUUACAUUUAUACCAUUUCAUAUUUCAUCGUUUCGUUUUUCAUCUCUCCUUCAGAUUUUGGCUUGUGUAUUUUUUCUCAAAUAAUAAAAAUGAUUGUGAAAAACAUGA